CAAAUUGCCAGUGCCUACUAAUAGCAAUUGCAACCAAACAGUGUCUCAUGAUACUGUUUGUUCUGAUGCCCCACCGUCGAAGCCCUCCUCCGCCACUCGCCGCCAUCGUAGCUCUCCCUUCUCACACCGUGGAAUCAAAUCACGAUGUCGAGCCCAGAUUCUCGAUCAUUCAGUUGGCACUACACGGAACUCGAUGACAGAGACCUCGAGAUCCGAGGUAGGACUCUGUUUUUUGUCAUCGUACUCUUCUCCAUUAUUCUCCUCGUCACUGUUCUCUUCAUCUACACGCGCUGGGUUUGCCGCUACCAGGGACGCCUCCCCACCACCGCGUUCACCGCCGCAGCCGCCCACGCGCCGCCGCUCGCGCAGCCUCAGGGAAUGGACCCAGCUUCCAUCAAGAAAUUGCCCAUAAUCCUCCACCACGCGCCGUCGGACCGCGAGGAAAGCGCGUGGGACGAAACGGAGUGCUGCAUCUGCCUCGGCGAGUUCAGAGACGGCGAGAAAGUGAAGGUUUUGCCGGCGUGUGACCACUAUUUCCACUGUGAUUGUGUUGACAAGUGGCUCACUCAUCACUCUAGUUGCCCUCUUUGCAGAGCUUCUCUCAAGGUUGAAUCUUCCUUCCCUAAGAUUUUGAUUCAGGAACCACCCCUUAGAAUUGACUUCCAGUUCUAGGUUUUUUUCUUUUUUUCUUUUUUUAAGAGAGAAAAUUUUAUUCGAAUCGAAUAAGAUUUUUAUCGGCAAAAAAACUCUUGUGUUUAAUGCAAAUGUAUAUGCAGAAUUGGAAUUUGAAACCAAUGAUUAAUCUGAAACAAAGUUUGUUUCUUUUUAUUUUGGUCUUAAUCUUACAUUCCAAUAUUGUUGAAAAAUCAUACCCGUCAGCAAGUUUCUCGAUCGACUCAUCAUGACUUCAAGUCUCUGGGUGUUCAUACACUAGAUGGUAAAUACAUGUAAAAGGAACUCGUGUCAGAUGUCUGCUCAUGGAUAUAUAGAAUUUUGAAUUUUUUUA